AUGUCCGAAUCGCCAGAUACGCGGAGCUUAGUCUCUGCGUCCUCCCAGCUCAAUUUAAUGGAAAUAGAUGCGAUUGAUGAUAAAGAGUUUGACAUCCCUCAAGUUGACACCCCUCCAACCCUUGAAAGCAUUUUAAAUGAGCCUGAUGAUGAAGAUGAACCGUUCAUCCUUGAGGACACGUGUCUGCUCAACACAGAAAAUAUCGACGCUCAUUCCUGUGAGACUUCGUCUUUAGCCAGCUCUGACAGUGGAGACCGCACACACCUGAAGAGGAGGAGAAAGGCAGUGGAGACCACAGCCAUGGUACAUGGCUCUGUCCUGAGACACAGCAUCCUCAAAGGCAUCUCAGCCCAGAUGAUUUCUGCUGCCGACAAAGUUGAUGCUGGGUUGCCAACUGCCAUAACAGUGUCCAGUGUGAUUGCAGUAGGAACUUCUCAUGGUUUGGCCCUGGUGUUUGAUCACAACCAGGCGUUACGGCUUUGUCUGGGCACCACGGCAACGGGGGCGGAGUUUGGAGCGGUCUCUGCUCUCAGUAUCAACCAUGACUGUACCAGACUGCUGUGUGGUUUUGCCAAGGGCCAGAUUACCAUGUGGGAUCUGGCCAAUGGGAAGCUGUUGAGAACCAUCACAGAUGCCCACCCCCCUGGGACUGCCAUCUUACACGUAAAGUUUACAGAUCAUCCAACACUGGCUGUGUGCAAUGACAGUGGGGGGUCAGUGUUUGAACUGUCAUUCAGGAGGGUGAUGGGCAUGAGGACGUGUGACUCUCGGUGUUUGUUCAGUGGUUCUAAAGGGGAAGUGUGCUGUGUGGAGCCUCUGCAUGCCAGCCCUGAGCUUAAAGACCAUCCCAUUACACAGUACUCCCUGCUGGCCAUGGCCUCCCUCACGAAGAUCUUAGUGAUCGGACUGAAACCAACGCUCAAAGUGUGGAUGACUUUCCCCUACGGCAAGACCGACCCCGCCAGCGUGCCUCAGUUAGCCUGGCAGUUUGUGGCCGUGCAGAAAGCGGUCAACCCCAUCCUAGCCUUCAGCCGCGGAGACACCGUCCACUUUCUCCUGGUGAAAAAGGAUGAUUCUGGAACAAUUCAUGUUAUCAAACAGAGGCAGCUCCAACUCAACUGUGACCUCAUCAAUUUGAGCUGGAUAAACUCUCGGACUCUGGUGAUAAUGGACAGUGCAGAGAAGCUGCAUGUUGUGGACAGGUCCAGUCAGGAGCUACUGGAGACGCUGGACUUGGCCGAGGUCCAGCUGGUGUACAACAGCAGCCAUUUUAAAUCCCUGGCCACUGGAGGCAAUGUUAGCCAGGCUCUGGCUCUUGUUGGGGAGAAGGCUUGUUAUCAGUCUGUCUGCAGCUACGGAGGCCAAGUUAUCUACCUGGGAACUAAGUCCGUCCAUAUCAUGACGCUCAGAAACUGGCGUGAGCGUGUGGAUCAUCUGCUGAAGCAGGAGAAGUUUAUGGAGGCUCUUUCUCUCGCUUGGUCCUUCCACGAGAACACGGCCAAAGCUGUACUCGGCUUACAUGGAGACCCUGUGAAGAGAAAAGGGGUGGUCGCUGACAAGAUGGUGGAGAUCCUGUUCCAGUAUGUGGAACGCUCCCUGAAGAAGUGUCCGGAACAGGGCAAAAUCCAGGUCAUGGAGCAGCACUUCCAGGACAUGUUGCCUGUCAUUGUGGAUUACUGUCUGCUUCUACAGAGAACGGACCUGCUUUUCAAUCAGAUCUACAGUCGCCUGGUGGAGAACUCUGUUGCCAAGGGCGUGUUCUUAGAGAGCCUUGAGCCCUACAUUCUGAGCGAGCGGAUUGGCUGCCUGACUGCGCCCGUCAUGAGAGAUCUUCUCAGCUAUUUCCAGGAGAAUGGAAUGAUGGAGAGUGUGGAGGGAUGUCUGGUUCACAUGGACAUCACUAACCUGGAUAUCCAACAGGUAGUUCAGAUGUGCUGGGAGAACCAGCUAUAUGAUGCCAUGAUCUACGUCUUUAACAGCGGCAUGAAUGACUACAUCAGCCCCAUGGAGAAACUCUUUCAAGUGAUUGGACCCCCUUUGCGUGAAGGCAAGCCUCUCACAGACGAGCAAGUUGUGAUGGGAAAUAAACUCCUGGUGUAUAUUAGCUGCUGUUUGGCUGGGCGGGCUUAUCCGUUAGGAGAUAUUCCCGAGGACCUCGUUCCUCAAGUGAAAAACCAGGUGUUUGAGUUUCUGAUUCGUCUGCACACCGUGGAGGCCACACAGGAAGAGGAAGUAUAUCCUUAUAUCAGAACGCUGCUCCAUUUUGACACUCGCGAGUUUCUUAACGUCCUGGCUCUGACAUUUGAAGACUUCAAGAAUGACAAACAAGCCCUGGAGUAUCAGCAGAGGAUUGUGGAUAUUUUAUUAAUGGUUAUGGUAGACAACUCGGACUUCACCCCCUCCCAAGUCGGCUGUCUCUUCACGUUUCUCGCCCGCCAAUUGGCCAAGCCCGAUAACACGCUCUUUGUCAACAGGAAACUGUUUGAUCAGGUGUUGGAGUUUCUGUGCAGUCCUGAUGAUGACUCCAGACACACAGAGAGACAACAGGUGCUGUUGGAGCUCUUGCAGGUGGGGGGUGUGGUCCAGUUUGAUGAGGGGCGGCUUCUCACUCUAGCUGAGAAGGCAGAGUUCUACCAGAUUUGUGAGUUUAUGUAUGAGAAGAAACAUCUGUACGACAAGAUCAUUGACUGCUACUUGAAGGACCCUCUUAGAAAGGAGGAGAUCUUUAACUACAUCCACAACAUCCUUUCCAUGCCGGGUUACAGCCCUGAGGAAAAGCAGUCCGUCUGGCACAAAUCUGUCCAACACGUCCAGGAGCUUGUGAGAAUCAACCCUGCCAAAUUGGCUGAGUUAGCGACCGUUCAUUUUGCAGAUGAAAUUGAGGCUAUUGUCAGCUCGUUACAGGAGGACUUCUUAGUGUUCCAGUUUCUCAGAUGCCUCCUGGACCCAAGCUCCUCCAGGGAGAGUACACAUCCACAGACUCAGCUGAGACUGGGGCCUGAGCUUCAUGAGCUCUUAGUGGGCUUCCUCUGUCGCUUCAGCCCCCAGCAGGUCACCGACUUCCUGAAGGUCUCUCAGGACUACCGGCUGGAGGAGACCAUUCAGAUUACGGAGCAGCAUCGUCUCCACGAGGCCACGGCGUACCUGUUGGAGAAGAAGGGUGACGUACAGGGAGCUUUCGAGGUGCUGCUGGAGACCUUGAGGGAGAAACUGAGCAUGCUCAGUGAAGAGAAGACUGAUUCCGGCAAGGUCAGCCAUGAGGAAGAGGGGGAAGCUUUGGAGGAAGAUGAGGGCCCACUGCAGAGGGUGGAGUCAGCUCUCAGUGACAUCAUCUCCCUAUGUCACAGGAGCUCACACAGCCUCAACCAGCAGCAGAGAGAGGCUCUGUGGUUUCCCCUUCUGGAAGCCAUGAUGUCACCACAGAAACUCCUCAAAGGCCCAAAUGCCAAACACACAUCAGAAGCACUGAAAGAGUUGACCAUGAAGGUAUUAAACAGCAUGUCCAGUUACAUAGCUCUGCCUGCCAUCAUCCAGCGCAUUCUACAGGACCCUGUUUAUGGGAAAGGCAAACUGUCAGAGAUCCAGGGCCUCAUACUGGGCAUGCUGGAGACUUUCAAUUACGAACAGACAUUGUUAGAGACCACCACAAGUCUGUUGAAUCAGGACCUUCACUGGUCCCUGUCCCACCUGCGAGCGGCAGUGAGCAGAGGCCUGCACCCCAGACAGGACCACUGCAACAUCUGCCUCCAGCAGUACAAGAGACGCCAAGAGAGCGAGGAAGAGAUCAUUAUCUUCAGCUGUGGACACUUGUACCACUGUCAGUGUUUACAGAGGAAGGAACAAGGUGUAGUCGGGGAAAGACUGCACACUUGGAGUUGCUACAAAUGCACAUCCAGUCAGGGCGGUCGCCCCGGAGACCGGGGUGCCAUGGAGACUGGCAGAGCCCGUAGCACCUCUCUUGCACAGAACAAAGUGACGUCCGCUCACCGCGGGCCCGGGGGAGAGACUCAUGGAAGAAAGCUGUUUGCUGAGGCCACAUUGGAUGCUCAGCAGAUCCAGGCCUGGGAUCAACUCCGCUGCAUCUACAGAGGACCAUCCAGGUUGGGCAUCCUUUCUGAACUUGCACAUUCCCAUGGCAAUGAGAAGACUGGCCUGCUGAACCCCACCCACCCUGGGACAGGAAGCAUAUACCAUAACGAGAACUUCCAGCUCAAACUCUCACCUCCGCCAUUGGUGGAGGAGUAAAAUGAACCCGCCCACUGUUACAGUACAAAAUAAAGCACUACCAUAUCUUUA